AUGUUUCACAGAUUGGCUGCCCGUUCCCUUCGUUCUGCUUCUGCUUCUGCUAGCAACAGCAGCAGCAAAUGCCACAAGGUCAACUUUCAAAGCAAGCGUUUUUUGAAUUUGCACGAAUACCAAUCCUCGGCCAUCAUGGAACAAGCCGGCGUCAACGUUCCCUUUGGGAUUGCCGCUCACUCCGUGGAAGAAGCUGUCGCUGCCGCCAAUCAAAUUGGAGAUGAAGAAGUCGUCAUCAAGUCUCAGAUUCUAGCCGGGGGCC